CGAGUCGAUACUGCAUCUGGUGAGUACAGUACCGCACAAUCCAAAUCCAAUCCACAGCUGAAGAUUGAACCAGAAAACACGGGAACGCGAAUCACCGAUGAGAGCACUGGAACUACAGCAGGCGCCAGCACAAAUGGCACCGCAAUAGACAGUGAUAACACUGAUAUGUCCGCAUCGCUCACACUGCGCAUCAAUAAUAAUGGUAGUAAUUCGAUUAUUGGUUAUAAAUAUGAAAGUGGCAAGAAAAUGGAAAGGAUUGUCGAGGAAGAAGAGAAACAGAAGUCAACUGAAUGGGACCAGAAACGUGGCGACCAAGAAUUUUACAACGGCUAUAGUACCAUGAAUGCACGUGAUCCGAUGGUACGAGUGCAAUCAGCGACGCCAACACGCAACAACUCAGUGUUUACAAACAGCUCAUACGCGAACGGUACCGACAGCUUGCAAAGGAUUUCAUCACGUAACGAAAUUUCAGCACAGAAGUUUAUAGAAGAAAUUCCUCCAGUGCAAGUCCUUCAACUUGUCCUCAAGCAGUUCACCUUUAAAGAGAAGCUCAACAGUGCAUACUACGAGUUGACCAAAAAAGCGGACAAGCUACUGACCGACUGCCAACGACGUGUACAUUCUGAGCCCCGUCUCCACGACGCUCUGGCAAUCCUGACCAGUGUACAGGUGCAUAUACUAAAUCCUGUAGAUGUACUGCGCGCGGCAAUGGAUGAAGGUUUGUGA